CGCAUCUUCAGUCGGCCUCAUGUCAAGGCAUAGGCUGGUCAAGCAGCUCGAUCUGGAUGAGGAGCUCGACGACGGCGCAGACUAUGGCGACGCCGACGAUGCUUUCGUCGAUAUAACGCCUGCUCAAUCUCGCCAAUUGGAGGCUGGACUGCAGUCCAUACAAGCGAUACUAGGCCCGACCAGCUCGCAGAUCUCGGACAAGCGAAUUAGAGAAGCUCUAUGGAACUUCUACUUUGACGUCGACCAAGCCACAGAUUUCCUGCUUGACGAGGAGAGCAAAGCGCAGGCUGCAGCAGAACGCAAGCGUAAAGACAUUGGCGAUCCCUCCGAUUUAUCAGAACGUGCCGGAGCGCUGUCGCUCGCAUCACCGCCGAUGGAGAGCAUUGCAUCUGGGGCACCGCCAGCGAAGCUAUCGAAGCUGCAACUCAAAAUGCAGUCCUCUCAUCGACGUGGCGGUACCGGCAUAGUCCCCGCUAAAUCUGCUCUGCAAGCCGCGAAGACGCGCGCCGCACAGACAGCUGCGCCACUGGAGGAAAUCUACAUCAUCCCGGAGCCGUCUGCGAUCUUCGUCGCUCGCUCUGCCUCUGAUCGGCACACAGGCUUCGGCAGCGUCAUGUCAGCAGCUGGUGCUCCUUCGUCGGGCGCUUCACGAUCCAAUGUGGCGAUGAGUAUGCAGACGCCUCACGUGCGCGAUGCCUUUGCUGGUCCAUCACCGGAUGAUCUCGUCGCACGCGCCCGUAAAGGCACUGCACUUGGCUCACAUGCUCCUCUCAAGUCGCCGGAGCAAGCUCGCAAAGUAGCAGCUGCUGCACCUGUGCAAAUCAGUAAAGCGGCAACGCCCAAGGCGAACAAGUCAGCGGCCAAAGGCACUGCUGUCCCUUCCAGCAAACGAGUCGAGGAGGAUGCGACACUGGCUACGGAUCUGCGCGCAUUGGGCUUGCAGACAGCCACGUCUGACGCACCGUCCAAACCAGAGAUGCCUGCUCAGAGCAGGGAACAAAUCCUGAAGUUGCUCUCGCAGCAAGACAAGGCCCAACAAGCUCGUAUCAGCCUCGUCGUCGUCGGACACGUGGAUGCAGGCAAGUCAACCCUCAUGGGAAGACUACUGUACGAAUUGGGUCAUACUUCUGAUCGGGCAUUGGAGGCAAACCAACGGCAAAGUGCAAAGGCAGGAAAGGGAAGCUUUGCGUAUGCUUGGACAUUUGACCAGAUGCCCGAAGAGCGGGAAAGAGGAGUCACCAUAGACAUCGCACUGGACACCUUCCGGACGAAAAAGCGACAGUUCACCCUGAUCGACGCACCUGGCCAUCGAGAUUUCAUUCCGAACAUGAUUGGCGGUGCUUCUCAAGCGGAUGCAGCCAUCCUUGUCGUCGACGCUUCGAGCGGCGGCUUUGAAUCUGGGUUCAAUGAAGGCGGCCAAACGCGCGAGCACGCGCUGCUUGUUCGAAGUCUGGGCGUGCAACAGCUCGUCGUAGCAAUCAAUAAGCUUGACAUGGUCCGCUGGUCGCAAAGGCGCUACAACGAUAUCGUCGAGCAAAUGCAGCCUUUUCUUACAAAGCUUGGCUUCAAGACGAGCAAGAUCUCGUUUGCACCCUGCGGUGCCACCUCAGGCGAGAAUUUGCUAGAUCGGAAAGACGAUCUCCUCAAAGCAUGGUAUGCCGGGCCGACUCUGGUGCAGCAGCUCGACCGUCUCGAUACGCCCUCGCGCGACUACGACGGUCCCUUACGAUUGCCAGUCUCCAACGCUUUUCGUGGGCAAAGUAGUGGUCCAUCCGGCCUUGGCGUCUCUGGUCGUCUCGAGAGCGGACUAGUACGGGUCGGUGACGAAUUGGCAGCGCUUCCCGGUGAUCAGACGGGCAUCGUCAGGGCUAUCGAAGUCGACGGAGAGACGAGCAGCUGGGCCGCAGCCGGCAUGAACGUAACAGUGUAUCUCUCUGGACUCGACCAAAUCUAUGUCAACGUCGGAAGUGUCCUGUGUCCGCCUUUGUCGCUAGUACCGAUGUCGGCUUCUUUUCUUGCACAGAUCGUCGUGUUCGAUCUGAAGGUGCCGAUCACGACGGGCGCAUCGGUCGAGCUCUUUCACCAGAGCCGCGAGAUACCUGCGUCGGUUGCGAAACUCGAAGCGACCCUCGACAAAGCAAGCGGCGAGAUUCUGAAAGUGAGACCAAGGACGCUCGGCAGCGGAUCUUCCGCGAAGGUGAGCAUACGCAUCCGAGGCGACGGCAGUAGCUCGUCAGCAAUACCCAUAGAGACUUACGCCACCAAUCGCGGCCUGGGUCGCUUCCUCUUGCGAAGGAAUGGAGAGACGAUCGCAGCCGGACUAGUGCUUGAACUCUUGUAGCGCUCGCAAUCGCAAUAUGCUCCAUGCAACUUGAUAUCAACAACACGCA